CCGCCCCUCCCUGCCCGGACCGCCCGACCAUAGAGGCGGACCUCCAGCUGGGAUAGAGAGGCCGGGACUCUAUGGUGCGGCGGCGGCGGGAGAGGCCAGUACGGUGGCGACAAGAUGGCGGCGCACCUGAAGAAGCGGGUGUACGAGGAGUUCACCAAGGUGGUCCAGCAGCAGCACGAGGACCUGUCAGCUAAGAAGCUGCGCCUGACCAAGCCCAGCAAGUCUGCAGCGCUCCACGUCGACCUGUGCAAAGCCACCUCACCUGCGGAUGCCCUGCAGUACCUGCUGCAGUUUGCCAGGAAGCCCGUGGAAGUGGAGAGCGUGGAAGGCGUUGUCAGGAUCCUGCUGGAGCAUUAUUAUAAGGAGAAUGAUGCCUCCGUAAGACUGAAGAUUGCUUCCUUGCUGGGCUUGUUAUCAAAGACUGCAGGAUUCUCGCCGGACUGCAUUGUGGAUGAUGCCAUUAACACACUUCAGAAUGAGAAGUCUCAUCAGGUCCUUGCUCAGCUGCUGGACACCCUGCUGGUGAUCGGCACAAAGCUCACAGAGAACCCAUCUGUCAGGAUGAGGCUGGUAGAGGUAGCCUGUAAGCACCUGACGGAUUCUUCCCAUGGUGUAAGAAAUAAAUGUCUUCAGUUAAUUGGCUGCCUUGGACCGGUGGAGAAAGGUGGUGCAAAAGAAGCCGAAAGCCAGGCUGCCAAAGAUGUCCAGAAGAUAAUAGGAGAUCAUUUUAACGACCAGGACCCUCGCGUUAGGACAGCAGCUAUAAAAGCCAUGCUGCAGCUUCAUGAAAGAGGAUUAAAAUUACAGCAGGCAAUUUACGGUCAGGCCUGCAAGCUGUUGGCAGACGAUUAUGAGCAAGUGCGCAGUGCUGCAGUGCAGCUCAUUUGGGUCCUCAGUCAACUUUAUCCUGAAAGCAUUGUCCCGAUUCCUUCGUCUAACGAAGAAAUUCGGUUGGUUGAUGAUGCAUUUGGAAAAAUCUGUCACAUGGUUAGCGAUGGCUCCUGGGUUGUUAGGGUGCAAGCUGCGAAACUACUGGGUUCCAUGCAACAAGUUAGCUCCCAUUUCUUGGAGCAGACCCUUGACAAGAAGCUCAUGUCGGAUUUGAGGAGGAAGCGCACUGCGCAUGAACGAGCCAAAGAGCUCUACAGCUCUGGGGAGUUUUCAAGUGGCAGAAAAUGGGGAGAUGAUGCUCCCAAGGAGGAAAUCGAUACAGGUGCUGUAAACUUGAUUGAAUCAGGAGCUUGCGGAGCCUUUGUUCAUGGCCUGGAAGAUGAGAUGUAUGAGGUUCGCAUUGCUGCGGUCGAGGCCCUCUGUAUGCUGGCUCAGUCCUCGCCUUCCUUCGCCGAGAAAUGUCUCGAUUUUUUGGUUGACAUGUUUAACGAUGAGAUCGAGGAGGUGAGGCUGCAGUCGAUACACACGAUGAGAAAAAUCUCCAACAACAUCACGCUUCGGGAAGACCAGCUGGAUACUGUGUUAGCUGUUUUGGAGGAUUCUUCAAGGGACAUCCGGGAAGCGCUGCACGAGCUGUUGUGUUGCACCAAUGUCUCAACUAAAGAAGGCAUCCACCUUGCGCUGGUGGAACUUCUGAAAAACCUGACGAAGUACCCCACAGACAGAGAAUCCAUAUGGAAAUGCUUGAAGUUCUUGGGAAGCCGGCAUCCCACUUUGGUGCUUCCAUUAGUCCCCGAGCUGCUGAGCACACAUCCAUUCUUUGACACUCCAGAACCAGACAUGGAUGACCCAGCCUACAUUGCUGUUCUGGUUCUGAUUUUCAACGCUGCUAAGAGCUGCCCAACAAUGCCCGCGCUGUUUUCGGAUCAUACAUUCAGACACUACGCAUAUCUCCGGGACAGUCUCUCUCAUCUGGUCCCGCCGUUAAGAUUGCCAGGUCGAAAGCUGGUGUCCUCCCCUGUCUCUCCCAGCAUUACACCGCACGAAGAUCCUUCCCAGCAGUUCUUGCACCAGAGCCUGGAGAGGGUUUACAACCUGCAACACCUCGACCCGCAGGGCAUACAGGAGCUGCUGGAAUUUACCAUUCGUGAUCUUCAGAGGCUUGGGGAGCUGCAGUCGGAGCUGGCAGGGAUGGCAGACUUCACCGCGACUUACCUUCAGUGUCAGCUGCUCCUCAUCAAGGCCUUGCAGGAGAAGCUGUGGAACGUGGCAGCUCCUCUGUACCUGAAACAGAACGCGUUGGCAUCUGCCGCAGCCAAACAGAUCUUGGAAGAAACUUACAAGAUGGAGUUCAUGUACAGCGGGGUGGAAAACAAACAAGUGGUCAUCAUUCACCACAUGAGACUGCAGGCGAAGGCGUUACAGCUUAUAGUGACUGCGCGCACCGCUAGAGGAGUGGAACCCCUUUUUGGGAUGUGUGAGAAGUUCCUGCAGGAAGUAGACGCCUUUCAGAGAUGUUUCAUCUCUGAGCUCCCGCGUAUGCAAGGCAGUUUUGUAGAUAAAUUGCUGGACUUAAUGCCCAGACUUGUGACAUCCAAGCCUUCGGAAGUGGUCAAGAUUCUUCAAACAACGCUGCGACAAAGUACCUUCCUCCACCUUCCUCUUCCAGAGCGGCUCUACAGAGCUAGUGCGAAUAUCAUUGAGCCGACCGGUGAAUCCGAUAACCCUCUGCGGUUUACGUCGGGGUUGGUAGUGGCGCUGGAUGUCGACGCAACUCUGGAGCACGUGCAGGAUCCCCAAGGAACCGUUAAAGUUCAGGUAUUGUAUCCGGAUGGACAAGCUCAGUUAAUCCAUCCUAAACCCGCUGACUUUCGAAAUCCUGGUCCUGGAAGGCACAGACUGAUAACGCAGGUGUACCUCUCACAUACAGCAUGGACAGAGCCGUGUCAGAUUGAAGUGCGGCUGCUGCUGGCCUACAAUUCCAACAGGAGCAAGGCGACUGCUAAGGUUCCCAAAUCUACCUGGAACGAGAGCAUGGAGGCUCUCCCGCAGCCUGAGAAUGGCAUAGAGGGGACCAUACCAUUCAGCAAACCCGUCAAAGUUUAUAUAAUGCCCAAACCUGCCAGGCGGUGAAGUCUACCGCUAAGAGAAAUAUAUUUAGGGGACUGUUGGGUUAAAAACGAAACCCAGGGGCUGCAUUCCAAGACACCAAACCAGAACAGUGUUACGCUUCUACAAAACGUGUCAGCCGGAAAAGUAAAGCUGCUGAAGGACGCUGGUCACUGUUAAGAAGCAGACAGACCAAUACAGGGGUUAUUCAGAUAGUAAAGGAGUUUCGAGGAAAUGUUGUUUCUGUAUUGAAUCAACAAAAUCGAGGCAAUUCUCAGUCAGCAUUCUGGUAAUAAUUGUGUUGGGCCAAAACUCCUCAAGGCCUCUUGGUUUUCUGCUGAAGCUAUUUACUGUGUAAAUGCUUAGGCGCGUAAAUCUGCUUUUUUAUUUUAACAACACUCUGAAAUGAAACUAAGGAGACUUGAUAAUUUUUUUUUUGGUCUAAAACUUGUAUCUUUGCGUUGGUAUCUAAAUUCUUAGCCAAAAAAAAAAUCUGAAGUGCUAUUGUCCUUGUUCAGGAAGGGCUUUGAGUGAUAACAACACAGCAGGGUGUUAAUUUUUUUGUUUACGUGAAACGGAGCUGUAUGUCCAUCUGUAUCUCGGAACUGUAAUCCCACUCUCCUGUUGCACACUUGUAUGCCUUUAGAAAUAAUGCAAUUAAAUAGCAGGGGUUG